AACAUUCGCGCCUGCUUUGUCCCCAACCCCGGAGCCAAGACGUUGCUGCGCGGAGAGCCGCGUGGCCCCAGACCCAGCACCGGAGUCCGCGUGGGAAGGUCGGCCCUCGUUGUCCUCCAGACCGGUGGGAUGAUGGUCCACUGCGCGGGGUGCGACAGGCCCAUCCUGGACCGGUUCCUGCUCAACGUGUUGGACCGAGCCUGGCACGCCAAGUGCGUCCAAUGCUGCGAGUGCCACUGUAACCUGACCGAGAAGUGCUUCUCGCGGGAUGGGAAGCUCUAUUGUAAAAUUGACUUUUUCAGGUAAGGAUUCAGAUUGGGGAUUCAUGCGUAAAAGCAGGUUUGCCAAAAACUCAGUGAACUCACCAGGGAGAAUUAUAACCCUGCUGCUUCUGAAGAUUUGUUUGUCUGUUUUUUGUUAGUAAGUGUCUUAAAAUGCUGAAAUUGAUUUAAUGUCACACAAUGAUCAAAAUAGCUCUCGUUUUAGCGUCACUCACAGAAUAAAAUAACCAUAAUGAUAUUAUUCUGUAGGUCUACACAUUGUUUUGUGGAAAUGGAUAUGGUUCACCAUGGCCUAGUUCACAUUAUAGCCUAUAAUUCACCUAUAGGUGAGAUAACCUAUCAGUUAUUUGAAUUGUUUUAAAAUGUCACUUCAAUUAUUACAUUUCAAGCCUUACAGAAAUUAUAUUGUAACCACAUUGGCUUCGCAACUAAAAUCAUAUCAUUAUUAGGCCUAUAUAAAUGAAUAUAAUUUCAGUUAUAAGUUAAUUCUAGAGCUCUGAAUAUCACAAAUAUAUUUAGCAUUUUGACAGAACUAUUUAAUCAUAGCCUGAGAUGUCCACGUUAUCACUCUUUGUCCGCUUGAGUUUUACAUGAAGAGUGUGUUUUUUAGACACAAAGUGUGAUUUCUGAAAAAAUUUAUAAUCAUGUAUGCACUCACUAACUGUAAGUCGCUCUGGAUAAGAACGUCUGCUAAAUGACUAAAAUGUAAAUGUAAUACGAAUCAUAACCUUAAUUCCUAAUAUUUAUUAUGACAAAUAAUAUCACUUUUAUUUAUAAAUUCAUAUUAUUGGUGGGGUUGAAUAUUCUGAAUAUUAUGUGGGCUUGAAUAUUCACUCUUUAUCCAUUCAUGCACAUGGAGGCAGUUUAAAUCUAUUUAUAAAUCAGAUAAAUUUUUCGUCUCACCUGUACUCUCUGUUUCCACUAUUGUUUGUUGCAAUAGAUUUGAAAACCUAACCAUUAGGCCUACACCAGCCGCUCAGCUCUUCAAAGUGGUAAUUCAGUGAUAAGUGUAGGCCCCUGUUUGUGUCCGCGCACUCUCAUAGCAUCAUACCAAUUAGUUAUGUGUCAUCUUUUUUCCCCUUCCCCUACAAAUUGUUUAAUGACAUGUGAGGCCCAGUAUUUAAGCCUUUGUGAUGGCAAUGUUGGCCUCAAACGGCCUUGACCAUCAUAUUAGCCGGCUUCCAUCGGUGGAUUUAAAUGGCCGAACAAUUAGCCAGGCGAAACAGUAAUCACCCUAAUGUGGCUAUUUGUUGUGUAAGUAGUGUGGUGGUCUCGCCGAGCCGUGCAUGUGAAAGGGUACAAUGGAGCGAUACUAUUGCAAAUGGCUGGAGAGAGAGACAGAGAAAGAGAGAGAUUGAUUCUGUAAAAAUAAAGGGGGCUUUCCUCGACACCCCCCACACCCACCCCCCACACACACUCCCUCCAAUAAUCGUAUUAUAAUUGAAAUAUUUUCAAUUCCUGUAUUUGUUUCACCCUGAGGCUACGCCAUGUUGAUGAGAGAGAUUACAAAAUCACCAUGAGAGGCGCGUGAUGAGGUUUCUGGCUCGUGAUGAGGUGGAUUAGGCCUAUUUAUUUCACAUUGGAGAGGGAAACACUAAAGUACAAUGCAUGGUGGGAGAAACACAUAAUAAGGCUUCCCAUUCCCCAUCACUAUAUGUAGCACACAUUUUCUUCCAGUGAAACACUUGCAUUUUCAACUGAUUUACCUUGUCGACUUAUCCCUGGAAACGAUGAGACGUUGAGUUAGGCUAUUAUAUACUCGCCUGUCUAUCUAAAUAAUACAAGUAUAUCCACCAUGCUUUUUGCAUGUGAAGAGGGUGAAUGUGGAUUAACAGGAGAUUUCACGCUAAAAUGUUCCUAGUCCGUUUAAUCCUCGAAUAUCUCUGCAGUUACAAUGUGCUGAUUGUCACUAAUACGUUCUGCGUGGGUUUAUUGUUAAAACAAUAAUGAUGUUAUUUCUCUCCAAGGUUGAAAAUCAGUCUAGCGCAGGUACUACAUUUUAGGCUAUAUUAUGUAUCAAGAGUAGUCUGUUAGAUUUUAACGAAAAUGAUUUCGAAAUAGCCUACCCCUUCUUCAAUCAUGGCAAAUAUGAAAUACAAUAAAACAAAUGGUUAAAAGAAAAACAAUACAUUAUUACUAUUAUAGACUAUCUUUAGUCAUUGUUGUAAGUGUUUUGUCAUUGCUAUUUCGUAAUUUUCUGGGAACAAAAACUUCAAAUCAGGUUACUUUCCAAAACAUCUGCAUUGCCCACAGUUGCAAAAUUCGCUAUUGGUCAAUAUGUAUAAUAAUGCCUUUUUAUUAAGUUAGAACAGUUAAAUAUAGUGUCCCUUGUAGCUCAGUUGGUAGAGCAUGGCGUUUGCAACGCCAGGGUUGUGGGUUCGAUUCCCACGGGGGGCCCUAUGAAAAAAUAAUGCACUAACUGUAAGUCGCUCUGGAUAAGAGCGUCUGCGAAAAUGAAAUGUCCAUCUCAAAUUCGUAUUAUUUUCUCAACCAACACCCCUCUUCUCUCUCCUCUCCCUUUCUUUUCAGGAGGUUUGGGACGAAGUGCGCGGGCUGCCUCCAAGGCAUCUCUCCCAGCGAUCUGGUGCGCAAGGCGCGCAGCAAGGUGUUCCAUCUCAACUGCUUCACGUGCAUGGUGUGCAACAAGCAGCUGUCCACCGGCGAGGAGCUCUACGUCAUCGACGAAAAUAAGUUUGUGUGCAAAGAAGACUACCUAAGCUCAGGGGCUAUCAAGGAAGUCAAUUUGAAUUCAGGUAUUCUAAUUAUAGCUAAGGGUUUCAAAAGUGCGUCUACAGUAGACAUUCUAGACGGUCUAGUAAUGUUAGGCUAGUGCAUGGAUACGAAAGGAUCAAUGGUCUGUUCAUUUUGGAAAAAUUCUAUAGGGUUGUCUGAAAAUAAUGGACCUUUCUUUCUUCGAAUGAGUAGCAUAAGCCUAUUUUUUCCCUCAAAAAUAUAAGUUGUAUAUUAUAGUCUGCAUUUAUAUUUGAAAGCAACGGAGCAUCAUUUCAUGCGGGUUGCUUUUUGGAAGACUGUUUUGGCCACCUACGUUGACUGAUUAAUUUGUCUUUAUUUAUUUACGGAUCGUUUCAACGUGGGAUCCAAUCCUCAUACACUGGGUAUGGUGGAUAAUUAAAACUAUUUGUGCAUGAUGAGAAACGCCUUGAACUAUUGCUGGGUUUUAUUUGUUGGAUUCCUAAAAUAGGAUAGGCCUAUACCACAUAUACACAUAUGCUUUUGCAAACUAAAAUGCAUGACUUCGAAAACCUAUUCUGCUACAAAGCCUCUUAAUUUGUUUUAUCCAGAGCCAUAACCUAGGCCUAUAUCAAGUCCUACAAUAGGCCUCCGUCAGGUAAUUCAGAACCAUGGACAUGGUGCCUGUCUGCGUGUCAGCUCUGGUUCUGCAUUCGUUGGGGUAUCUUCUGCGUCCAUUCUGAAGUAGCCUAGUCUAAUAGAUGUAUAUGAAUUGUGGGAUUCUAUUCUAUAUUCUAGCUUACUUUCCCAUUUUAGCUGCAGUGUCGUAGGCCUACAUGGUCCAAAAUGUGUAGCCUUUGGAGAAUUCGGCUGUAAGUCACUUCCUCGCCUAAUAAAUAAAUAUCUCUAAAAUGUCAUUAUUCAACAUGGCCUUGAUAUUGUUAAGAGAUUAGGCCUACACUUUGGGGUGUUUGGAACUAAAAUGUAUAAAAGUCAACAACUUUCAGAAAAGCUUGUGUUUGUGGGGUUCUCAGGCUCCCAUCACUGGCAUUCGAUGUUGUCUUUAGAUCAACAAGGUGAGGAAUAACAUUUGUAUACUCGAAAGACGUGACAUUGAUUUUGACCCCUCGUUGGGUGUCUGUAGCUUCAAAUAUGAACAUACUGACAUUCUCGCGGCUGCAAUGGGCGGUGUAUAGGGCAUGUGUAGCCUAGCGUUUGAUGAUGUUCCCCAACAAAGCAUCUCGGCGUCGCUGAAUGCAUCUGACCAUAGCUCAGGCUUAUCAACGCUAUAAAUUCCUGUCAGAUGAAUGGCUCAAACAGCCCUCCCCUCGGACAAUGACAUGCUGUUAUCGUGCGACGCAGCGGGUCCUUGGGGAUCAGCCUAGCCCCUUUUUUUGUUUCACAUUACAUGCAUAAUUUCUCUUUCAUUAUCUCGAUCCGCUUAUGUCACACACGGGCAGGGUCGAGUUGGUUACACCUGUUUUAUUUGUGAAGAGUUAAACUGGUAAAUCCAUGCAUUUAGUCUGUUUCAUAUUGGUUACAUUGGCAAAGUGUAGGUUAUUAUUUUUAAAAUAUAUAUACAAGGGCUUCCAUAUUUGUAUUUUGUGAGGCGUCAUUGUUCCACAUAUUCUGGUUUAUUUGUGAUUAGACAGGCUACAGCAAUAAUCUAGUAGUAGACCCCAUGACACCUCCGAUUGAGACCUUUCCAUUCUCUCCCGUCCCCCAGUGUCAUCAUGCACAGACAGAAGUUUAUCGCCGGACCUCCAGGACCCGAUACAGGACGACACAAAAGAGACGGACAAUUCCAUGUCCUCAGAUAAGGACAUGAACAAUAACGAGAAUGAGGAGCAGAAUUCGGGCACGAAGCGGCGAGGCCCACGGACCACCAUCAAAGCCAAGCAGCUGGAGACGCUGAAGGCUGCCUUCGUGGCCACGCCGAAACCCACCCGACACAUUCGGGAACAGUUGGCCCAGGAGACGGGACUCAACAUGCGGGUUAUACAGGUAGGAGAGCAGGCUAACUUGAGCAUUUUAAUUGUUGGUUGA